UCAAAUUCAUUCUCAGUGCAGAACAGUCAGUCUCCUCUCCUGAUACCAUGAGCUACUACGGCGGCUACUACGGAGGCCUGGGCUACGGCUAUGGCGGCUUUGGAGGCCUGGGCUGUGGGUGUAGCAGCAUCCGCAGACUGGGCUAUGGCUCUGGCUUUGGAGGCUUUGGAUAUGGUUCUGGCUUCGGAGGCUACAGAUACGGCUCUGGCUUCGGAGGCUACGGAUAUGGCUCUGGCUUCGGAGGCUACGGAUAUGGCUCUGGCUUUGGAGGCUACGGAUAUGGCUGCCGCCGCCCCUCACACUAUGGAGGAUAUGGGUUCUCCAGCUUCUACUGAGCGAACUGCUGAUCUUAGACUAUCAUCAUUAUUUUGUCCAUCUUUAGAGAGGAAAAUGCUCUCUUUGUUAUAGAGAAGACAUCUGUGGUUUAUUGACUUCCUUGUUCUGGAAGGCACUGGCCUUUAAUGACUCUGGAAGAAUCUAUAAUCUCCCAAUCGAAUUUAUGGCUUCAUCCAUUAUAUUCAGUCAAUAACAUUGCACGAUCUAUAUUUUAAAAUCGUCAUUAAUAAACAUGUUUAAC